UGGAUUACUCAGAGAAUGGCAGUGGUCUCUGCAAUGUCCUGGGUCCUGUAUUUGUGGAUAAGUGCCUGUGCAAUGCUGCUCUGUCAGGGGUCCCUCCAUCACACUUUCCAGCAGCAUCACCUGCACAGACCAGAAGGAGGAACGUGUGAAGUUAUAGCAGCACACAGAUGCUGUAAUAAGAAUCGAAUUGAGGAAAGAUCACAAACAGUAAAAUGCUCCUGUCUACCUGGGAAAGUGGCUGGGACUACAAGAAACAGACCUUCCUGUGUUGAUGCUUCAAUAGUGAUUGGGAAAUGGUGGUGUGAGAUGGAGCCCUGCCUAGAAGGAGAGGAAUGUAAGACGUUGCCUGAUAAUUCUGGAUGGAUGUGUGCAACUGGCAAUAAAAUCAAGACCACCAGAAUCCACCCGAGGACCUAACAGAGCACCGUCUGCAUGGAGACAGUGAAAGCCCUGCUGAUUUAUGAGGACAAAGUAUUGAAAGUUUAAAACCAUCUCAGCAUUUACAAGCCAAAUGGAUUUCUUAUUUGCACUUUGACUGUUUACCAGAUAACAACAGUGGCUUUAUUGAGUGAAAGAAAGUAUUCAGUGGAAAUAAUGCCCCUGAUUUUUGACAGCUGAAAAUAAAAAUGAAGAAAAUAGUUCCUUUGGUAAAGUUUCUGAGAUCGCAAAGUACAAACAACAGUGUCAGUUUGGAUCUACAAUUUACUUUAUACCAGUUAAAGUAUAUAUAUAUAUAUAAAAAUAUAUAUAUAUUAAUAUAUGAUAUUUUGAAAUAAAAGCCUCACUCUUCAAGAAAUUGAAUAGUACCACACUUUGCUGCAGCUGCUGUAGAUUUUUUUUUCUUUUUUGUAAUGGUCUGGAAGAUCCCUACCUGUUUCAGAAAGAAAUGUGGCAGUGAAGAGGCAAAGCAAACCUGCUGCAGUACAAGGAUGCCUAAGAGCUACACGAAUCCUACCGAUGCGGCAUCCAGAGUUUCCUGUUCCCUUCGGCAGAAUUUCGAGGGCAUUUGUUGUUCCACUUUGUGUUCUGGAGGCUUUUCUCCUUGUGCAAUACUAGCAUGCUGGCUUUGCUUCAUUAACCAUACUUGAUUGAUAUAUAACAAUGAUAAUUCUAUCCUCUUCCAAGAAAAUAUUUUUAGAGCUGUUAGGUAUUCCAUGAAGAAGAGAUGGACAACUACUGAGUGAAGUACAGUAUGUAUUAAAAGUUUAUUUGGCAGAGUUUGGUAGACUGUGAGCUCCCUUCUUAUUAAAGAUGUACUGUACAUA